AUGGCUUCCGAGACCAAGCCCGCCAAACCUACAAAGGCCGUCAAGACUGACAAGCCCGCCAAGGCCGACAAGGCCGACAAGUCGGACAAGUCCAAGGUGCACAAGCUCGCCCUCAAGGGCAGCGCAAAGCUCGUCGCCGAAUUCGAACGAUUCGCAACACUCACUGACACGAUCCCGCUCAGCGUCAAGAAGUAUGGCCUCAACAUGCUAGUCUCCUCGGACGACCAGGUCCGAGCCUACAUCAAGAAGAUCAUGGGCCAGCUCGACCGCUGGAUGCUCCGCGGCAAAAUCUCCAAGCUCGUCAUCGUCAUCACCGACAAGGACACGGGCGAGCACGUCGAGCGCUGGCAGUUCGACGUCGAGAUCUUCGGCAAGGCGGCCAAGUCGUCCAAGUCGACCAAAUCCGCCUCCAAGCCCUCCUCGUCCGCCGACCAAGAAAACGACGCCGUCACGGAAGCCGACGCCGACGCCGCCGCCGCCGCCCCCGAAAAGACGGAACAGGAGAUCCAGUCCGAGAUCGCCGCCAUCUUCCGCCAGAUCACCGCCUCCGUCACCUUCCUGCCCCAGCUCAGCGGCGACUGCACCUUCAACGUCCUCGUCUACGCCGACGCCGACUCCGAGGUGCCCGUCGAGUGGGGCGACAGCGACGCCAAGGAGAUCGCCAACGGCGAGCGCGUCCAGCUGCGCGGCUUCAGCACCAGCAACCACCGCGUCGACACCCUCGUCAGCUACCGCCUCGCCGAAUGA